CGUGUUAGUUUUUCUGAGUCCGCAGUCUGGAACACGUGCGCGCGAAAACAGAAUCACUAGAAUCACACAGCCAGGAUGCAGAGCUCCUUCCUCCCACUGAACACACGGCGGCUUCAGAAGAGGGCGCAGGUGGAAACCCCGGACUCACUCUACUGGAACCGACUGGCGAAACCGGAGCUGCUCAAGGAGCGCAACACCAUCGACUAUGUUGACUUCAGCCCCAGCGAUCCAGACAACUUUGUGCUGACCUGUUCGGUGCGCGUGCAGAUCUACAACCUGGUGACCAAGCUGGUUGUCAAGAAUCUCUCCCGAUUCCAAAAGACCGCCUACGGAGCCACCUUCCGGCAGGAUGGACGACUUCUGGCCGCCGGCGACGAGGAGGGCCACGUCAAGCUGUUCGACACCACCAGCCGGAAUAUCCUGCGCCUGUUCAAGGGUCACACGGCGCCAGUGCAUCGCACCUUCUUCACGGCGGACAAACUGCAGCUGGCCAGUUUUGGCGACGAUAAGGCGGUCCGGAUGUGGGACGUGGCCAACGAGAAGGUGGUGCAGACCUACGGGGACGCGCACACGGACUACAUCCGAGCCGGGGCCAUGCAUCCCCAGGCGACGCACAUGUUCGUCUCCGGCGGCUACGAUGGCAAGAUCCAUCUCUACGAUACGCGUGCGGAGACUGCGGUGCAGCGUACAUUGGAUCACGGAGCUCCCGUGGAGUCCAUGUUAUUCCUGCCCAACGGAUCGAUCUUUGUCAGCGCCGGUGGCAGCCAGGUGCGUGUUUGGGAUCUCAUCAGCGGCUGUCGGCUGCUUACCAUGAUGUCGCAGCACCACAAAACAGUGACCUGUCUGCGGCUGGGCUCCGAUGGCAGGCGGUUGUUCUCCGGCGGGUUGGAUCGCCACGUCAAGAUCUACGAUGUGAGCACUUACAAGACGGUGCACACACUGACUUAUCCCAAUGCCGUGGUCAGCAUGGCCGUCGCCAGUAGAGAUCAGGCUGUUGUCGCUGGCAUGGUCGAUGGUCUUGUCUCCAUUCGACGCAUGAUCGUGGACAGCAAGCCCAGUCAUUUGGGGAAAAUCCGAACGAGUCGAUCACGCAAGCUGUACAAAAAUCCAGUACCACCGAACAACACUCAGGAUGUGGAUCACGUCAUCAAGGAGCGUGUCAAGGGACCGGGACUACAGGUAUACGAUGUGCAUCUGCGGCAAUUCAACCACAAAAAAGCAUUGGACGAAGUGAUGCUCCCAAUAAAGGUGAAAAAGCACCCGGAGAUCAUGGUGGCAGUCAUUACGGACCUGCUGCACCGAAGAUCUCUGGACAAGGCGCUUAUUGACCGUCCCGACAAUAUUCUCGUUACGUUCAUAAACUUUUUGUGCACCCACAUGGGUGAGGCGCGAUUCAUGCGUCCUCUUUUGAUGGCCGCCAGCACGGUCUUGGAUGUCUUCGAGCGGCAACUGGUGACCUACAGCCGCAAGCUGAUGGCGGCCCUCGAACGAUUGUCGGCCGUCAUGGAGGCGGAGGUGAAGAUAACCACCGACCUGAUGCGGCUAAAGGGCGCCAUGGAUAUGCUCAUUGGAGUGUCAAUGGACAAUGGCGAGGUGGUUCAUAAAUCCCCGUAUGUGGACACCAAGGGACAGAAGAUGCAGCCCUCGUCGGCGGCGGAGAGUUACGUGGUCACGGUGGAGCAGUGACCCAGGCCAUCGUCAUUCAACGAUUCGGAAUAGGUUAAGUUUAAGGCCGUUAGUCUAACUUUAUUUAAUGCAGGCACCCGCCAAGCAAAUAGAAUUUUUCUGCUACUAUAAAGGUUAUCUUAAGUUUGUGAAGCUAGUUUUAUAUUAAAAGUUUUAGCAAACAA